UCCAUAGACACGUUCCGUCACACACAUUAUGAUGAUAUUUUUGUCAGUUUUCUGGCAUACGUUUGGUUCAUUCUGAAAUCACCGUGAAUGACAACCUCAAUUAUACAGCAACUAACUGAUAAUGUGUGAUUUUUUUUUAUUUUUUGCUUCCAGACGUCAACAUCCGCUCUCGUCGCGAAACCAGCCGCAAUCACGAAGACAUGUUACUCGUUCAAUCGAUCAAAAUUACGGACAAAUUCGGUUUUGAGAAGCAACAAGGCGACUUGGAUGUCAUGCAACAAGGAGGCACGGUCUUUUUGGCGCCCGACGCAAAUAAUUUCUGCGUGAAUGGAUUAGGUCUCGUUGCAUCCGCCGCCAUUUUCCUCCUUGCUCAAUUAGCGGUAAUUGCCAUCUGGACCUACAUGUAUCAGCGUCGCCAGCGGAAACACAGUCACUUUGACGAGACAAUUCUCAAUGGAACGGUGCCUGGACCCCAGAUCGGAGGCAGUCGGACCGACUCCAUGUGCAAAUUGUACGAAACUGGAUAUCAAGGACGGGUUUUCUAA